AUGCGUGAAUCUGACGCAUCGAGUUCUCGUUCUCCCUUUGGCGUGUACUCGACCGCGAGACCUUCGACGAUCACAACUCCCCCGACGUCACCCGCUGGCUUCAUCACUCUCGCCCGACCCUCAGCGCUGGGCACAUCGGCUCCUGAACAGGUGGCUUUCAAUUUCCACGAUAAUGCUUUCUCGGCACGAUCGCACGUUGAACAUGUCGACGACAUGCUGGUCGGUGCCAGUGGCAAUCCCACCGGUUCAACCGGGAAAGGCAUCUUGAUCGGCCUCCUCUCUGCUUUUGGAUCUGCGGCUGUUGCCGUAAUCAUCCUCACCGUUUUCUUUUUCUUCAGAUAUACCCAGCGCGGGAGGAUCAUGCUCGACCGGCUCGGGCGACCAGGCGAAUAUGAUGAUGAGCAGGCUUUUGCGCGCGAGGAAGCCGAGGCCCUGGAGGUCAUGGAUGACAUCUCUAGGUCAGAGUAUUUGCGAGCGAAAGCUUUUGUUGAAGCCAACCCACCAGAAUCAAUGCAAACAGAUAUCUCUUUGUCCCAGUUUCUCGCGAUUCAGGAAAAGGGUGUCUCCGCAUGGGAAUUCCAGCCGGAACUGGAAAUUGCAAAUUGCUUUGUCGAAGCCCGCACCGAAAUCGAGUUUUUCGACUCCGAAUGUAGCGUACAGACUAAUCUGCCCGUUCCGAAACAAAACGAUGUCUAUUACUGGGAAGCGAAAAUCUAUGAUAAACCGGAGAGCACACUCAUCAGCAUUGGCAUGGCGACAAAACCAUAUCCCUUGUUUAGACUACCAGGAUUCCAUAAAACUUCUGUCGCAUAUCAGUCAACCGGCGAUCGCAGACAUAAUCAACCCUUCACGCCCACGCCGUAUGGUCCACCUUUCCUACAAGGAGAUGUGAUUGGCGUGGGCUAUCGACCCCGGUCGGGUACAAUCUUCUUCACACGCAAUGGCAAGAAACUUGACGAGGUUGCCCAUGGCUUGAAAUCACAAAACUUUUUCCCGUCCGUCGGUGCGAAUGGUCCGUGUACGGUUCAUGUCAACUUCGGACAAUUGGGGUUUGUGUUCAUUGAAGCCAAUGUGAAAAAGUGGGGGUUGGCUCCUAUGACUGGAAGCUUGGAUCCCCCACCGCCAUAUGGAAGUGAGCAGGGGAGCAUCUUACUUGAGUCUGGCCGGGAGAGCGCGGCUCAAAUCUCCCAACGUGUCUACCAGGAAGCCAGCCAUGGCCGGGCUAAUUCAACACUGCGUAUUACACCGUCCGUGAGCCCCGGCCCACUACGAUCACCGACAGAUAUCUCUCUCGCCCCACUAUCUCAUAUUCCUUCUAAUGAGGAUGUUGGAGAAGGCUCCAGUCGAGGUAACAGUGGGGAAAUCGAUCGUGAUGCCCUGUUGAUAUCAACAGAAGAGAUUGACCAAAUCCCGCCUCCGGAGUAUACAAGCCCUGGCAGCAGUCGCAGAGGCAGUGAGGACAGGGGCUCUGUUCCUCCAGGUGAACAACCGCCGAUUCCAAGCUAUGAUGCUGCUGUCGGCAUGCAAGAUAGAUCAACACCGCGGGCUGGCGGUGAGCAUCACUGA